CACCGAUGACAUCCGUGAAUCUGAAAGUCACACUGUUCUGUUCAACGGCUGGUCUUACUAAGACAUCUGCUACAUUUGGUUUGGAGUGACAGCCACAGCAUUCCUCUGGAAGAAGACUGAUUUACAGUCAUCAUGUUAGGACACCUAGCGAGAAGACUUGGCCGCAUGCAACAGAUCUCUAAUGGACUGAAGGGAAUCCGUCUUCAGCAGCUGCUCUCUAAAGAGACCCACAGGCACCUGCAGACCUCACUCGAGACCAUCAGACCCAUCUCGACGGUGUCGCUGUGGCCGUUCUCAUCUCAGCCGCGGGACUUCAGCCAGCCCAACUCCUCAUGGAGUCCAGAGAUGCGCAAGGCUUACGACCACUAUAAUGCUCUGUGUGACACUGACACCGAAAAUGGUGAGGAAAAAAGGGGGCCGUGGAGGAAGUUGCCCAGCUACAACCGUUCCAUUAAAUAUGCUACUGGCGGCAUUCACCUCAGCAAACUGAUCCAGGCCAAAGCUCGACUUUUCACGAGAAAUGUUAAAGAGCAAGGCGCUACGUUUGAGUAUAUGGUGUUUGUCAAUAAGGAGGAGAAGAGAUGUGUUUGUGUCUUUCAGGCAGGACAUUUACUAGAAGGUGCACCUGGGCAUGUACAUGGUGGAGCCAUAGCCACCAUGAUUGACACAGUGACAGGUACUCUUGCCGGUUUCCUCUCGGGACCAGUUAUGACUGCCAAUCUCAACAUAGACUACCGCAGUCCAAUGCCUCUGGGUAGUGUGGUUUUAAUCCACAGUGCUCUGGAUCGAAUAGAGAGGAGGAAAACAUACAUCACUUGCAAAGUGACCAGCACUGAUGAGUCCAAACUCUACACAGAGGCCACAGCUCUAUUUGUUUCAAUAAGUGUCGGCCAUUUAUUUGGAUCACGAAACUGAAAGCAGUCUGGAAUCCACCACUGAGACAUGUACAGCAUGUGAGUGCAUAUCUGUAUGCACAUGAAUGAGAUUGCAGAUGGAGUGUGUGCGCAAUGAACAACAGAUCAAGCUACUGUUUUACCUCAGCUCUCUGAAUGAGCUAUUCAGAAAUGCAUGUAUUUGAGUGAUGCACUCAGUUACAUAUGGCUGCCUCGUAUUUUUAUUUUUAAAAUGAAAAUUUAUUAACCUGGUAUAUUUAUUGACACGGUAUUUGAUUUUUUGUUGCAGAACUCUUUUUGUUACUAACGCUAACUUUUUAAUCAUCAUGGUGACAGUUAGGUUCUUUAGUAGGCUAUUACAAGUAUUAUAUAACGAAAACUUCUGUAAUAUAUUUUAGCAGUACUGUAUUCCAUAUUGUGUUAAAGAGAAUCUGACUUUUGUUACAAAUGGAAUAUGCAUUUAAAUAAUAUUAUA